AUGGACACCCGGGAUCUCGACGACCUCCCCACGCGCCUCGCGUCGCGGAGCCGGAGCCGCGACUACGGGCGCUCCGCCUCCAAGGAGGACGAUCUCGCCAACCUCUGGUACGCGCUCGACGACGACGGCGCCGUCCUCGACGACGCCCUGGCCGACGACUCGCGCGGCCCCGGGUGGCUCGACGAGCCGCGGGAGCUGCGCCAGCUGUCCAUCGACCGCCUCGAGCCGACGACGCCGCCGGGCGCGUCCGCCGACUACCUGCUCGCGCUCCAGUCGCUCGACGACGGCUACUUCGAGGGCCGCGGGGCCGGCGACGGCGCCGCCGCGUCGCCGCGGCCGCCCCCGGAGGCCGCGUCGCCGAAGACGCGGGACCGGCGCAAGUCCGACGACAUCUACGACGAGAUGCUGGCGCGCGCGCGGCGCCCGUUCCCCCGCGCGCGCGGCGCCCGCCGCGACGGCCCCGCCCCCCCCGCGCGCGCGCAGACGCUCCUCGAGGGCCCGCUGUCGGCCGAGGCGACGGGCGCGGCCGACGCGCGGCGCGGCGGCGGCCGCGGGAGCCGCGGCGGCGGCGGCCGGGGCCGCGGGGGGCACGGCGGCCGCCGCGAGAGCAAGAAGAAGCGCGACCGCGCGCUCGCCAAGGAGCGGCGGCUCGCGCCGCGGCCCAUCGCGCCGCGGCCGACGCCGAGCCCCAUCGAGGACGGCCCGCGCUUCUGGGGCGGCCUCGCGGCGUCGGCGGCGGGCCGGCCCGCGCCGCCGCCGGCGGCCGCGGCGACGGACGAUGAGGUCGACGCGCGGCGCGCGGCGCUCGGCGACGAGCUGUUGGCCCUCGCGGCGACGCGGGCCAUCGACGAGGCGACGCUGGGCAAGAGCCGGCGCAUGCUCGCGACGGCCGACGACUUCGUGCUCGGCCACCUCGCGGACGCGCUCCGGUCGCUGCCCGGCGACGCGUCGAAGCUCACGGUGCUCCUCGGCAUCCACGCGUCGCUCCAGCAGCACAUCAAGGCGAACCGCGCGGCACAGCGCGAGAGCGGCGACGCGUCGCCGGCGACGCCCGCGGCGCGCAUCUCGGACGAGCUCCGGGCUGUGCUCCGGGGCCGCGCGGCGGAGCUCAAGACGGAGGCCGUGUCCCUGCGCCGCGAGGGCCGCGUCGACGACGCCCUGGCGCGCAUGCGCAAGGCGAAGACCGUGGAGCACGCGCUCGCGUCGCGGCCCUGGCAGGACGGCGGCGCGCCGCGGAUUCCGCUCGCGGGCACGGACGUGCUCGGCACGACGCCCAUCGCGCGCGCGACGCCGCGCGGCGCGACGCCCAUCGCGCCGCGCCUCGCGCCGGCGACGCCGCCGCCGCCGCCGCCGCCGGGCGCCGCGUUCCCGCUGUCGUCGCUCGGCCGCCGGCCGUCCGCUCAGCCGCCGCGCGCGGGCGACGCGAGCGAGCUCGCGACGCCGCCGCCGACGCCGGGCCAGCGCGCCGCGACGCCCCAGACGGCGCCCUACUCCGUCUGA